CCGAACUCGAUCUAAACCGAAAAAGAAAGACGGGUAAGAGUUAUGCCCUGUGUCAUUAGUUUUUAAUGAAUCAAAACAAGACAAAGAACCAGACAUGGCUGAGAGUAUGAAUGAAGACAAUGCCGAGCCACCGAGGGAGGCAAAGCUUGUCACUGCUAUUGUGAUUGGUGCUGGCAAUAGAGGGCAGACCUACUCUGGUUAUGCUCUAGAAUUCCCUGAUAAACUAAAGAUUGUGGGUGUGGCAGACAAAAGGAAGUUUGUUCGGACUCACAUGCAGAAGAUCUUCGACAUUCCUUCAGAGAAUGUCUUUGAAGAUUGGAGCGAUCUCUUGGAGCAGAAUAAGUUUGCCAAUGCAGCCAUAAUUGCCACACCAGAUAGACAUCACCUAGAACCAGCAUUAGCCUGUGCUGCUAAAGGAUACCAUAUACUUUUGGAGAAACCAAUGGCAGUUACUGAAGAGGAUUGCAGGAAGAUAGUUAAGACCUGUAAAGAGAACAAAGUCAUGUUGGCCGUCUGUCAUGUCUUACGACACUUUCCCCCGACCAAGAAGAUCAAGGAGCUGAUCGUGUCAGGUGUUAUAGGAGAUGUCGUCAACAUUCAGCAUUUAGAACCAGUUGGCUUCUACCAUUAUGCACAUUCCUAUGUCAGAGGAAACUGGCACAAAGAAUCCGAGUCAACAUUUUCUCUGCUUGCUAAAUGCUGCCAUGAUAUGGACCUUAUUCACUGGUGGAUGGGACCAAAUAGAUGUCAAUGUGUGUCUUCUUUCGGGUCAUUGCAACACUUCAGGAGAGAAAAUAAGCCUGAGGGUGCAGGUUCUAGGUGUGUUGACUGUGAUAUAGAACAGCAGUGUGCAUACUCGGCCAAGAAACUCUACCUAGGAAACGUGUUGAGGGGAAAUGUUGGAUGGCCUGUAUCAAUCAUCACAGACGUCCCUACGCCUGAUUCUGUGAGGGAAGCGUUAGAAACAGGGCCUUAUGGGAAGUGUGUGUACGAAGGAGAAAAUGACGUGUGUGAUAACCAAGUAGUGAACAUGCUGUUUGAUGGUGGGAGAACAGCCACAUUAACAAUGGUUGCUUUUACAGAGAAAAUAUGUGAAAGACAAGUCAGAAUAUUUGGUACUAAGGGAGAGAUCACCUAUUCAGGAGGCACAUCAAUCCAUGUAUAUGACUUCCUGACCCGUCUAACGAAGGAGAUCUACCCGUGGUCCAUCACUCCGGUCAGGACGAGGCUAACGGGACACGGCUGUGCGGACUUCUUACUCAUACAAAACUUUGUGGAAGCCAUUGCAAACGAUGAUCCAUCUCUAAUCACAACCGGUCCAGAGGACACUCUCGAGAGCCACCUUCUAACAUUUGCAGCUGAGAGGGCACGCCGCCAGAAUCGUGUCGUCACCAUUGAACCACCUAUGGAAUGGUGAUACAAGUACUAGCUAAACCUGCCUUGUUUAUUACCCUUCAACUUUCACCUUUGACCUUUAAUCACAACCGGUCCGGAGGACACUCUCGAGAGUGACCUUCUAACAUUUGCAGCGGAUAGGGCACGCCGCCAGAAUCGUGUCGUCACCAUUGAACCACCUAUGGAAUGGUAAUACUAGCUAAACCUGCCUUGUGUAUUACCCUUCAACUUUCACCUUUGACCUAAGAGGAUGACUUAAAGUUUGAAUUCAGACUGGCUUGUGAUAUCUCCUGUGACCACCUGGUAAAAUUGGGGUCAGGCUUACUCAAUCCCAGGGCAAACUCUACCUCACGCUGCAUAUCAAGUGAAUGUGCCUGCUACACACCGGACCAUUAAACCAACCAUGAAUUUCAAGUCAAUAUAGAAUUUCAACCCUUACUAUUUUCAACUAAUCCUUCCGUAACUGUUUUACAUAUUCCCAUCAAAUAGUCAUGUAUUUGGGUGUUCCAAUACCGUAGAUAGAUAUUGAUGCGAGUAUUUGAGAUCGAUUUUGGUUAGUUGGAUAACUCGACCAUGAUUCACGAUGAGGCAGGGUUGACCCUGGUGCCCGGUUGAUCUAAUAUUCUUGCCAAUUUUUGAAAUUAUAAAAUUGAUAGUCGAUCUCUUAAGAAGACUGAUCGAGAGGAUAACCUGCAAAGAUGUCUAUUACAUCAUGUCUACAUCGUGUCCUUACACUACCAGAAUGGAGGACAUGUCCACCUCGGUAUUGAUGGCACCUCAAUCUAGAAUGCUGUUCUCUAAUACAUACAGGGGGGUGUUUCACAAAGAUGAACUAUCUCCAAGUUGGACUUAAUAGUUAUGGAAAGCCAUUAGCAUCAUUGUAAAUAUUUUGUAAAAGUUAUUUC